AUGAAGGCAACAAAUAAGAACAGAAAUUGGAGUCUGAUUCUGACAUCGUCACUUUCGUUGGCCGGACAAUUUGACAGGUCAAAUAUUGUGACGUUGGCCGAAAAAAUUACUUGCAGCGGCAGAUAUGUGUGUUCCUGUCAUGUAGUGCAUGCGGCACAGUACCUAUAUGCCGAAGUGGUAUCUGCUGGGAGCUCGCUAUCGCGUGACAAAUAUAGUUCCAGUAGGACGAGCAUGGUACUCGCUGUCGCAGCAGAUAUACCGAAGAACCUGGUUGAAACGUUGAACUGGAUGAGUAAGACUAUUGUCAUCAAUGCUGAAGAUGUACGGGCUUUCAUGAAUGCCACAAAGAAAAAGUAUUAUGGAACUUCUGUAUGGCCCGUCCAUCAGGAGGAGGAGGAGGACCGGUUGGAGGGGGUCGUUCCCUCCGCCAAUAGUGAAGAAUUGGGCAUUCCCAUUGAACCAGACACUGAAGUCGGAGUCGAAGAGGACGAAUUGGAAUAUGAUGCUCAAGAUAAUACGGAAAUGAUGGAGAUUGGUGCCGAAAUAUACGAUGAGGCAUCUGAUUACGAACCGGAGAGCAGUGACUCGAAAUCUGCGUGGGAGGCAGAUGUGGGGGAUACGGACCCAGCUCUCUUGCACAAGUAUUUCUUGGUCCAAGGGUCAAUGCUGAUGUCAUUGUUUCGAUUCUGUCCUGAAUGCGGCCACCGAUUGAGGAAGGCACAACUGAAAGCAGUGGGAACCGCUGCUGUCGUUCGGUUUGUGUGUAGUAUGUGCGUAAGGCCGGCCGAGAAGAAAUGGGAGAGCCAAAAAAGUACAGUGGCUCAAAUAAGGGAACGAGGUUAUAAAGGAAAUCUCGUGGGUGCUUUAUCUGCAGUAACCAUAGGCCUACAAUAUGUGGUUCGUAAAGAAGGUAGCGAUGAAAACGACGUCAAG